CAGCAACGGGAUCUGUUGGUCCAUUUCUUAAACUGUCUAUGACAUCAUCAUGUGCGCCGGUUGACAGGCCGGGUCCCCGGUUAGUGUCUCCUGUAUACUCCGCUCUGUUGGCACACUCACACGUCAGUUCAUCCGAAGACAACAUCGAGGAUGGACGACUGUCCUCAACAAACGCCGCUGUUUACAUUCGGCGUGAUAGCGGACAUUCAGUACGCAGAUAUCGACGACGGGUACAAUUUCGCCAGGACAAGGAGGCGGUACUACCGGAGCAGUCUGAAGCUGCUCAGAAACGCCCGGGAAAGUUGGUCGGACUCAGCUGUAAAACCAGAGUUUAUCCUUCAGCUGGGGGACAUUAUCGACGGCUUCAACAAGGGCCAGGACUCCUCUGACCGCGCGCUACACACCGUGCUACGGGAAUUCAGCUCCGGCCCCGCGGAGCUCCACCAUGUGUGGGGCAACCACGAGUUUUAUAACUUCAGCAGGAGCGCGCUGCUGCGUUCAAGGCUCAACAGCAGCUCCCGCCCCGGCGGCAGCAGCAGCAGCAGCAGCCGGGGGCUUGGGGCCCAGGCUCCUGGCAGUGAUAUCUAUGCCUACUCCUUCCGCCCGUACCCCGGCUUCACCUUCGUGGUGCUGGACGCAUAUGAUGUGAGCCUGCUGGGCAGACAGGAGUCCAGUGAGCAGUACAGCCAGGCGAUGGAUUUAAUCAAACAGAACAACACCAACGAGGACCUCAACUGCCCCCCAGUUUCCGAGGGCCUGCAGCAGAGGUUUACAAUGUUCAAUGGGGGCUUCAGUAAGGAGCAGCUGGACUGGCUGGAUUCGGUUCUGUCCUCGGCCGAUGACAAACAGGAAAGAGUCACACUCGUGAGCCACCUUCCCGUGCACCCCUGCUCCACCGAACCCAUGUCCCUGGCCUGGAACUACGAGCAGCUGCUGGCUGUUGUCCAAUCCCACGGCAGCGUGGUGUGCUUCAUGGCCGGACACGACCACGAAGGGGGCUACCACCGGGACACAGACACGGGAGUGCACCACGUGACAUUCCAGGGCGUGAUCGAGACUCCGCCUGACAGCAAUGCCUUCGCCACCGUCUCGGUGUACAAGGACAGGAUGGAGCUGAAAGGGAGAGGGAGGAUUGCUGACCGAUUGCUUCUGUUCCCAUGCCUAAGAUCCUAGGGCAACAUGACACAUGGUUUUAGAAUGUCUUGGGAUUCAGAGAGCUAAAUUCUGGACUGGGAUAUAAAAAGGAUGUUUUUUACUUUCUCUAAGAAGUCCAGGAGUUUCCAACACGUCACUUUACAAGAAAGAAAGUCUCCAAGGCAGCCCAUAGCAUAGGCUAGCACUUCAGUCAAAGGCGCACUAUAUCUUCUCCUUCUCUUAGUUCUUUUAGAAGCUGAGGUGGAAAUGGCACUGAUAACUGGAGCAAAUACAGUACCUCAAAUCAAGUGUGAAAUUUAUGUCAUACACGGCAUUCCAUUUGGAGGUUAUGUGACAGAAUUUGCAUAUUUAUACAUGCGUUUUAAGAAGGAAUUCUUCAUUUUAACUGCUGCCUUUUUGCACUUCUACUAACAGGUUAUUUUCUUCUGUUAUUUAUUUGAAAAAUAAAAUGUGCAAUGUAGUGAGACAUGUGAUGUGGCAGUGUGAUGCUAACUGUAACUGAUACAUUAGCCAGUCGUCAGUGAGAAGUCAAACAACACAAUAAAUGAUAAAACCAUAGCAUGUAUUGUUAUUCUUAUACUGUAUUUUCUAUACAAGUGUUUUGUAAGCUGCUGAAAUCUGUUGCUGGAAAUUCAAUUUCCUUGAGGCAGUCAUCCCAGAAGGAUCAAU